UCCCGCGAGUUGCCAGGGAAUACACAUGCUGAACAAUGUGCGCUGGAGAAACUACUUUCAGCAUGGGCAGGUUCACUACCGAAAGGACUGGACCUGUAUACCACAAUGGAGCCAUGUUCAGAACGGCUAAGUGGAAAUAAACCAUGCACUGACCGGAUACUGGAUUAUGGGAAGGAGGUAUUUAACUCUGUGUAUCUUGGCGUGAAAGAGCCAAGUGACUUUGUGGAGUGCAAGGGUGUGAGAAAGUUGAAGGAUGCGGGGAUUCAGGUGGUGCAUGUGCAGGGAUUGGAGGAAGAGUGCCUAGAAGUUGCGCGAAAGGGUCAUUGAAAUGACGAGCAUUCAAUGGAUCGGAGAAUAGACGACAUGUUCAAAUGAGCAUGGGAAAUGGCCAGGAUCAUGGGCACAACUUUCCGCGAUGGACGUUGACGCAGUCGCAGAGAAUACCAAAACUGUUCUAUUUCAUAC